AUGGUAGCACCAGGUAACGUGAACCCAACAAAGGUACAGGCCCCACCGCUCCCAGGGCAAGGCCGCCAGCCCGUGCGGGCGGCAGGCGUGGGCAUGGCUGCAUCAUCUGCCUCGACUGAUCAGAGCAGCGGUUACCAGGGGAACCCACGUGCGAGCUCGGCCACCCAGCACGGGCCUGAGGUACUCCACCAGCGGAGCAGGUUGCCCAUGUGCCCCGCCAGGAUGGCACUCGUCGGGUUUACGGCGGCUGCAGUGAUCGGCUACUUUACUCUUUAUAGUACCAAGAAGACCGAAGCCACUGCCCUUGAUGUUGCACGGGUUGCUACAGGGACGGCUACCACGGACCACACCCGACCCCGCAAUUAG